AUGUCGGCACUGCUUCGCCUGAAGGCCAUGCUUCUCCGCUGCUUCGCCCCGCUUCUGAUCCUGGCACUUGGCGAUGAGUCAGAGCUGCCCUUGAGCACUGACGACCAUUGCGAUGCCAGUGAAAGUUGUGCACUGCAGGCACUUCAACAUCACGCCAGCAAGAGUGUGGCGCAGGUGGCCGAUGCCGCGGAUCGCGAUGCCGCGGAUCGCACAGUGGAUCACAGCAUGAAGGCCGAAGCGAUCCGCGUGGAGAGAACUGAGAGCAAGUUCUCCAAGCGGUCGACCUCUUUCUUUGACUGCAACAAGGACACCGGGGGCACCUGUUCCUGGUUCGGCUGCUCCAAGUCGCGGGGAGCUGAUUGCAAAGAUGGAAAAUGCCAAUGCGGCCCCAAUCUUUGUGCCAGAAAUGGGAAGUGCCAAAUCGCUGAGGGCUGGAAGAUGGCCAGCACCACGAUGCAAGAGCGGGACACCGGCGGCAGCUGUCGCUUCUUCGCGUGUGAUGCUUCCCGUGGACCGACUCAUUGCGACCGGAAUCAGGGCUACAAGUGUUUUUGUGCUGAGGGCUUCUAUUCGAGCAAAGGUACCUGCAUCCCGAAGUUGGUGCAGACCAACAAGCCUCCAGAGGGCGGGCUUUCCAAUCAGCCUUUCGAUUGGACCAAAGUGGAUUGGACUAAAAUCUUUCAAAACAAUGGCUGGGGCGCCACGACUGAUUGGUCCAAGAUUGAUUGGAACAAAAUCUACGGCGGCGCUGGAACACCUGGCAAUCCACUCGGAGCAGGUUAUGGCUAUGGUUUGCCCUAUGGCCAGCCUGGCGCCUCCAUUCCGCCCUACGCCCCACCGCCACUUGGGGAAAUCGGCGCUGGGAUCCAGGAGCCCCUAUGCUUACGCCAACCCCUAUGGCGUGCCAUACUGGAGAUGACCGCUCAGAGGAGCGGAGCUUUUGGCUGCUCGCUUCUGAAGGGCUUGAGCAGAGGUGGUGUAAGCUGGGCUUUGGGCCCCUACGACCGCCGUGACAAGGUCAUUGUGGCCAACUGCUCGCCCGCAGAAAUUUGCGUCCAGGAGACAAUCUCCACGCUGAAGUUUGCUGCGCGGGCAAAGCACAUCCGUUGCAGCGUGGUACGCAACGAGGCCUUCAGUGGAACAGUCGAAAGCCUCAUGGAGGAGGUGAAGUUCAUGAGAAAGAAGCUGGCCAGUUUGAGUGGUCAUAGCUUUGACAAGUCAACUUUGCUAUCUGAUGGGCCGACCAAUGAGGAACCAGAGGCUGAAGAUUCUGGAGAGGAUUUGGACACCCAACAGCAAGUGGCGCGAUUGGAGGUACUUUUGUCUGCAGCCCUCGAACGGGAGCAACAGGCAGAUCAACGGCAACAUCGCUUGCAACGCCUGGCCAAGUUUCUUGAGGACCUGGACUUCCGGAAGUGCAGUGGUUGGCGCAAGCUCUACAAGGACUACGCGUCGCAGCUGCAACAGGUUCAGGCUUCGGCCAUCACAGAUGACGAUGAGGUGCAGGAACUUUCCUCCAAGUUGGUUGGUUUUGCGGCCUUGUUGGGGAAUCUCGUUCAGGGAGCGCGGGUUGAAGAUGGUGAAGAGAUGACAGAAUCCACGGGGUCCACAGAGACUCCGCCGGUCACCUCAAUGACUGGGCCACGACUUGGGAUCUGUUGA